UGUCAGCCGUCGCCGGGUUCACGCAGAGGUCCGUAGCUGACAGCCGGGUGCUAAACGCUAAAAGCUAAUUUUCAAGUGACCAUAAUAAUCGAACAGCUUUGGACGAUACAUUCACGUUUCUGUAGGCGUGCGGGCUGCGUUCCGUGUAAGCUGCGAGUCUCAGAGAGAGAGGGUGCUAGUUGCAUGAGUGAGCCUCACUAUCUAGGGUGGGGACAGUAACUUAAGAGACCUCGCCCCGUCGACCGCCUCAUUCCCGCAGGCAGCGAGCCGUGUGGCAGACCCGCUCCGCUCAUUUAGACCACUACUCACAGCUGGAACUGGUUAGGAUUGGAGAAAAAGAUAAAAACAAGUCAUAAUGUUCAGGAAAAACUUGAAGAAGGACCCGGAGCUGUUUCAAAAUGUGUCGGACGGGCUGCGGCGGCUGUACCGGACCAAGCUGUUCCCGCUGGAGGACGCGUACCGCUUCCACGACUUCCACUCGCCCGCCCUGGAGGACGCAGACUUCGACAACAAGCCCAUGGUGCUGCUGGUGGGCCAGUACUCCACCGGGAAGACCACCUUCAUCCGGCACCUGAUGGAGCAGGACUUCCCCGGCAUGCGGAUCGGCCCGGAGCCGACCACGGACUCGUUCAUCGCGGUGAUGCACGGCGAGCAGGACGGGGUGAUCCCGGGCAAUGCCCUGGUGGUGGACCCCAAGAAGCCCUUCAGGAAACUCAACGCCUUCGGAAACGCCUUUCUCAACAGAUUCAUGUGUGCUCAGAUGCCAAACGCUGUCCUGGAGAGCAUCAGUAUCAUCGAUACUCCUGGAAUCCUGUCUGGUGAAAAGCAGAGGAUAAGCAGAGGGUAUGACUUUGCUGCCGUGCUGGAGUGGUUUGCUGAGCGUGUGGACCGCAUCAUCCUCCUGUUUGAUGCCCACAAGUUGGAUAUCUCAGAUGAGUUCUCUGAGGUGAUCCGAGCCCUCAAGAAUCAUGAGGAUAAAAUGCGGGUGGUGUUGAACAAGGCAGACCAGAUCAGCACUCAGCAGCUGAUGAGGGUCUAUGGAGCACUGAUGUGGUCUUUGGGAAAAAUCAUCAACACACCUGAGGUCGUACGUGUGUACAUUGGCUCGUUCUGGGCCCAGCCCCUGUUGGUCCCUGACAACAGGAAGUUGUUUGAGGCAGAAGAGCAGGACCUGUUCUUGGACAUACAGUCGUUGCCACGAAAUGCAGCUCUGCGUAAACUCAAUGACCUCAUCAAACGUGCGCGCCUCGCCAAGGUGCAAGCCUAUAUUAUCAGUUCUCUGAAAAAGGAGAUGCCCACUGUGUUUGGGAAGGAUUCCAAGAAGAAAGAGCUGAUAUCCAACCUGGGAGAGAUCUACCAAAAGAUAGAGAAGGAGCACCAGAUCUCCCCUGGAGACUUUCCGAACCUUGCAAAGAUGCAGGAGCAGCUCAAUGGCCAGGAUUUUACCAAAUUUGCAGCUCUGAAGCCCAAAUUGCUGGAAGCGGUGGAGGACAUGCUCGCCAACGACAUUGCCCGUCUCAUGGCCUUGGUGCGCCAGGAGGAGGCUGCUAUGCCGAGUCAGGUUGUCAAGGGUGGAGCCUUUGAGGGAACCAUGAACGGUCCCUUCGGUGUCGGCUAUGGCGAGGGGGCCAGCGAAGGUAUCGACGAGCUGGAGUGGGUGGUGGGUCGUGACAAGCCCACAUACGACGAGAUAUUCUAUACCCUCUCCCCAAUCAAUGGCAAAGUGACUGGUGCCGCGGCCAAGAAGGAGAUGCUGAAGUCCAAGCUGCCCAACACGGUUCUUGGAAAGAUCUGGAAGCUGGCAGAUGUGGAUAAAGAUGGCUUGCUCGAUGAUGAUGAGUUUGCCCUCGCCAACCAUCUGAUUAAGGUGAAGCUGGAGGGCCACGAGCUGCCAGCUGCACUGCCCGAACAUCUGGUGCCCCCAUCUAAACGCGGGAUAUCGCUGGAGGCCUGAAGGUCUAGAGAGAGGGAGGGGGUCAGCCUGGAAGUUGGUGGUGUCUACACUGACGUCACAGAUUAGAGCUCUCCAAGUCCAACCAUGAACAUGAACAGCUUCAUCCUCCCAUCAAGCUGCAAGUGCCCAGGCUUCGUAACACACCAGGAGGAGGCAGUGCUGUGAUCUUUUUCACCAGAGAGAGACUGGAGGGUUUCUGGGAGGGGGGUCCAUCUUUGUGCAUUAGGGGAUAACAUACAAAUAUCUAUAUGGAGGCAAGAGGAGCAGUCACAGGACAGGAGUGGAUGAAGUGAUGGGGUGGGCUUGAACAUGAAUUUAUGCAUCCUGUGUAAAGAUGUCUUACAAGUAUACAGUCUAUAUAAUGAUGAUCCAAAGAAAUAGUGAUGGAGGGAAUGAAUUAAAACGGCUAUUAGAAUUACUUUAUCUAUAUUUUUGUAUUUCUUGACUGUUAACUGAGUCUUUCCACACACUUCCCUUUUUAUUUCUUUGCCAGAUAAAUAAAAAGGACUACUGUACUGUG